AUUAUUAAUUGUGAUUCCUCAACGGUUCGUCUCAUCCAACGGAUAAGUUCUUCGUGCAGCCGCGGAGGAAUGAGCCCGCUGGAAUCAUGGAGUGAGAACACCGGGUCGCCAUGAGGAUCGGGGGUCGCGAGCCUCUCUUGGGCUCACCCGAAAUCACAAGGAGAGUGAGGCUACGCCGAACACAUCUGAAUGCUAUCUGCAGUCUGCUCUUGGGCUGUCUUGUUGGAUGUUCGAUAUCUUCUCAACUUCUGUAUUGGCUGAGAUACAACAGUAGCUGUGAUAAUGGAUUGUGGGAGGUCGCAAGGAGAACGUCACGCCGGAUCGCGCAGAGCUUGGUCAGCGCGGACGCCGCCGGUCAGAGCGGGCUGCUUUUCACCGGUGUCAUGACCGCUCAGAAAUAUAUUGACUCACGGGCUGUCGCCAUAUACGAAACAUGGGGCCAAACAAGCUCUGGGAGCUUGCUUUUUUUCUCCUCCGAGGGAACGGUUUCCAAGCAAGGACUACCUCUAGUCGCCUUACGCAGCGUGGACGACUCUUACCCGCCGCAAAAGAAAUCAUUCAUGAUGCUCAAAUAUAUGUACGAGAAUUUUCUGGACAAGUACGAAUGGUUCAUGCGUUGUGAUGACGACGUAUACGUGCACACUGAACGCCUGGAACUCUUCCUGCGGUCCAUCAACUCAUCGAAGUCUCUCUUGAUCGGUCAAGCUGGACUGGGGAAUAAAGCUGAGCACGGCCAACUCAAUCUCGGGCCGAACCAAAAUUUUUGCAUGGGAGGACCAGGGAUUAUCAUGAGCAGAAAAACCUUAAGCCUCAUAGGCCCGCACAUAAGGUAUUGCUUGGAGCAUCUCUAUUCAACACAUGAAGACGUCGAGGUUGGUCGAUGCGUGCACAAAUUCGCUGGCGUGCCUUGCACAUGGUCGUACGAGAUGCAGUCGAUAUUUCACAACAAUUUUCGAGGGGAGAUCGAAGCCGAAGCCGUUGCGGACUCCGUGUUGCAGAAAGCCAUCACUCUUCAUCCGAUAAAACGACCUCAACAGAUGUACUUGAUGCAUAAAGUCUUCCUGCAAGUCAAAGCCGCCGAACUCCGACACCAGAUCCUUGAACUCGACCGGGACGCUGCGCUCAUGCUAAAGUUACAAGGAAGCGAAUGUAGAUUAUUAAAUGGAGAAGAGUGCCCAGCCAUCGAUAAUCGACUCCUCGAGCAUCCCUUCAAACAAUACAAGCCCAUGUCUCUGGAAGAUGUUCAAGUUUGGGACUUCUUCGCGAAGAACUAUUACAGUCCGGCCAGCCUGAACCCGCGACGCCGAAUCGAGUCCUACAAUGAGCUCGCAAUCAAUAGGGUGGUAUCAGAUCUGAUGACGAUGAUCAAUCGAUAUUCGAAGCAGAGAGGUCGCGUGAUUGAGUUUCGCGACAUCAUGUACGGUUAUGUUCGGUACACCCCUGGUCAGGGAAUCGACUACAUUUUGGAUCUCCUAUUGAGUUAUCGCAAGUUCCGCGGUCGGAGGAUGAGCAUCCCGGUAAGGAGACACGCGUAUAUCCGGAGGAGCUUCGCGGAACCCAUGGUCAAAGUCAUAGACGAGGGUCCCCCUAAGAAAGUGCACUUCAUCGUUCCACUCGCCGGCCGAUCAGAAGCCUUCCAGCGGUUCCUCCUAACAUACGAGAAGAAUUGUGUGCUGAAAAAACACGCGACCGCACUGGCUGUGGUCUAUUUCGAGAACUCCGAGGGGGGAACUUCUAUGGAGGGAGAUCCUAAGCAGCUCUUGGAGGAGUUCAGAAACAAAUACAAGGAUCACGAUGUCAAACUGGUUGAAGCGAGCGGCCAAUUCUCCAGAGCGCAAGCUCUAGAGAUCGGAGCGAAGCUUUUCUCCAUGGAUGCGCUCCUAUUCUUCGUCGACGUCGAUAUGAUCUUCGACGGGGGACUCGUCCAACGAAUUAGCUGGAACACGAUACAGGGCAACACUGUGUAUUUCCCCAUUGUAUUCAGCCAAUACGAUCCAGAUGUGGUCGGCAACGAAGCUAGGAUCGACGACCGUCACGGAUAUUGGAGACAGUUCGGUUUCGGUAUUGUGAGCAUCUUCCAUUCCGACUUGAUGAUGGUGGGCGGUCUAGAUACGAACAUUCAUGGUUGGGGCAAAGAAGAUGUAGAUUUGUUCGAUAAGGUUGUUCAUUCGAACCUGACUGUGUUCAGAGCGCCGGACCCCGGUCUGGUACAUGUUUUUCAUCCGAUAACUUGCGCGAAGAAUCUCUCUAAAGAGCAGUCCCAAAUGUGCGAGGGCACACGGCUCGCCUCCACAGCGUCACGAGAUCAACUCGCGGAUCUGGUGGCCGAAAAAUUCCCAAACUUACUCAAGAAUUAGAGUCGAAUGACGAGUUGUGGACCGAGAUCUCCUUCUUCGAUUUAGGAUUAAACCGUCGGUCUUCGGAUAACACUCGAUUGGCAAGUGGAGGAUUUUCUGGUUCGGAGUUCCGCUUCCGGCUCCGCGCUCCAUCAAGGUUUUUCUAUAGAUUUGUGCUGUGAUUUCUCACAGCUUUCGGGAUGAAUGUCCGCAAAGGCGGCGAUUCGAGGAUGGUUCCCGCGAAUCGGGAAAAAAUGAUCGGAACGUACGUAGGUACUUAUAUAUCGUCGCGGGAAUUUCAUAAACCGAGUUAUGAUCCCUGACGUCUCAGAAGUGCCGUCUGGGAGUCAUGUUUAAUAUAUAUCGAGCGAUCGCCAUUGGUCGUAAAUAAAGCUUAGGAG